CGGCAAGAAAAGGAUCCAAGGAUGGUUUUAGUGCAUGUCGGAUAUUUGGUUCUUCCUGUAUUUGGCUCAGUAAGAAAUAGAGUAUCGAGGCUGGCUCUACAUUCUGCAUUUAUCAGAUCUUUGUCCCCCCAUUGUGUAGCUAAUGAUCAUCUGCUGUGGUGUGGCGUGGCCUGUUCUCUGUAUUUAGCUGUAUCGUGAAUCCCUUCUUCAUUUCCUCUUUCCAUCAGAAGACAUUGCUAUUAUUUUAUUUAAACGCCCCCAAGAAUGUACCAUUCACCCAUAAUUCAUUGUUGUGAAAAAACAAAAAUUGCUAACACCUGUUGUCUUUUUCUGUGAAGUUGCUGUAUUGUUAACAUAUUUUAGCUCUUUAGAGAAUCAAAUAAAUGUCACUGUGUACCUCCCAUCCAGUAUUGAUAUACAACAUGCUGUAAAUUCCUGUAAAGUGGAUACAUUUUGCAUGGGUUCGACUUCAGCACUGCUUUAAUGAAGACCAGAAUUUGGCUAAUUUUCUCCAUGGAAGGUGCAUUGUACAAAUGUGGCUAAGUAGCGGUAGCUAAUGCUCCAAUUGGCAUUCUUACAUGAUAUGUAAAAGCUAUACUAGGAUUAUCCCUAGUGUGGUCAUCUGAGUGAUAAAAAAAUGGAAAACACAUAAAAAUUGAUUAAAUACAGGUACACUGCACCUCUUCCCAACAACCUGUCAUAACUGUAAUACUUUGUUCUUCUUGAAAAGAAGCCAAAACCAAAUUCUAUAAGUAGUAGAUUCACUCACUGGUGGUUCAUCACUUCCUAAUGAUCCACUAACAAAAGUACAAAAUGCUAUCCAUUUCACAGGGAUGCUUAUCUCCUGCACUGCUACAGUAAAUCCUCUAGUAGAGUAAUAACGUCUUUUAUUGUUUGGUUGUGGUUGCUCUUUACCCUUUGUUCUGGUAAUAGUACUUUCAAUGCAUGGUCAUGUUAUGAUUCAUAUUAUUUAGUUUUUACGUUUAAUAGUAAAUUCCAAUGUAAUUUUUCUGUAGUAAAGAUGUACCCUGCUGCACUGUACUGUAGCCAACCACGUCUGCUCAUUGGAUGCUGCUUUUGUUCUUUUUAACACUUUUAUGGAGCAUGGUGGGCUUUGCCUUCAGUCUAUGUUGUUUAUUUUUGUUGCAUGGUAUUUAUAUUAUUAUUAUUAUUAUUACAACCAAAACACAAAUUCCACAUAUACUAAUAUUUUCCAAUAAAGAAUAUAGUAUUUUUCCUAACCUUCAGUGUGCUUCUUGCUGAUGUCCAUUUGUUGUCUUUAUCCCUUCCCUCGUCCCUACCUGCCCAACUCCACCCCACCCGCCUCCACUCCCGCUGUGACAAAGAUAGACGAUUCCCUCGCUUUUCUCAUCACAAGGCCUGAAUGAGUCUAUCCCCUGUCAUUCAUGGAGAUUCUACUACUGAGACAAUUGAAAGUGCAGUGCGCCACUGUUGAUCCUGGGAUCAAAUGCUACUUUAGUAGGCCUAACUCAUUCUGAUUAAUUAGUGACUGGUUAUGAACUGAAUGUGACAUUUAAAAAACCCACCACCACAAUCGGAUGUUUCUGAAAGUUGUCGAGAUUAGUCUCAUUACUAUUUUCCUAGGCAUUUUGUAGCACUGCACCUUCAAAUCUACUACAACUUAAUGAUCCAAAUGCAAUGUAGACAUUUGCCUAUUUCUCAAUUGUAGGGGUUUCACCUGUUUUCAUCUGAAUGUGUUAUCCACUCUUCCACAAACACUUUAGCAUGUACAUGUAAGAAAAGAGCCUAGCAACUACAUUCACAAAAGCCUAGAUGUAGGUUCGUCCCUAAAUGUUUGUGCUAGGCUGCAUAUAUCUCAGUGGAUAGAUUUAGUUCGAUGGUCUUUUUCCACGACUUCUCUUGCUGCUCGAGUCCAAACUAAAUUUUUCCGCCAUGGAAAACAUAUCACAGACUAUGAAGUCUUGUCCUAUAAAUUGUGUUCUCCCCUUUUCAAAUAUAAUAUUUAGUCAUAUUGGCAUCAAUGUCACGAUGUAGCCUAGGCCUACUUCAUGUAAAUUGAAAGCCAUUCCUAUUCACAAUCAAUGUUAUUUCCAUUAGAAUUGUCAGCCCUAUCUAUCUACACACACACAGUAUUAAAACCUAGACAGUGCACUAUAGUACAGUGGUAGUAUCUGGUUCUCCCUCUCGAGCCUCAACAGCAGCCUGUUCUUUUCAGCUGCCAAAUAGCUGUGGUUAGGAAGAGGGGAAAAGUACUGAGCUGGUAUGCAAUGCAUUCAAGCUAUUUCCCCUGAACCAAGGAAUCUACAUAUGGGAAAGCUUUGGCUAGCACUGUGUCUGAGUGAGAGAAAGAGCGAUAUAGGCAGUAUGUAAAUCGAUACUGAUUUCUGGUUGGAGAUAGACGUUGUAGGCUUAACAUUUUGCUGAUAGAGACAUAUGGGUAGUGAUAGAUAAACAUUCAGUUUUGUUGUACUAUAUAAUAUAGCCUUAUGUUACCCACAGUUCAACAGGUGAGAGAGUUCUCAGAAAAAGGACUCACUCACAGCAAUGUCAUCACAUUGGUAAAAUCCUCUGAUUAUAAUGGAGAAACAGUUUCUUUACAAAAAAACAUCUCUUAGGAAUAGAUGUUCUCUGUUUUUUUGUCCUUCUGUGGAUGAAUGAUGUGAUUGAUCAGCAGAAUGUCAUACAGUAGAUCUAGAAACACUUCUGACAGCAGUUGUGCACUUCUAUCAAAUGGAUUCAUGGUCAAUCACAUAUAUUGCACACAGCUUUUAAAACUAGCCUAAUUUGGAAACCACUUGAAUACACAAUUUAAAUGCACAGUCCUGGCUGCGCCCAUUGCCGAAGAGUCAGAUGCCCAGAGGUGAGAAUCCAAACAGAGGGUCAAAUGUGACAUGAUGCCAUAAAAGACCAUUAAUGUUUGGAAAAAUUAACAUUUUCUAUGUUACUUCACCAUAUCUCCCUAUCCCCUCCUCUUCACCAUAGGUAAGAGUUAGGGCUUUUAUAAAGAUCAUCCUACAGAAAUACAAUUACAACACAGAAACACACACUGUUAAUUCUAACCUACCAUUUCUCUCUCAGGUGUCUGACUCCCUCUUGAUGUUUCCACAGGAUCCCACUUUAACCGGCAGCAGCAGCAGCAUAGCCAUGCUACCUCUUGCCGGCACUUCCAGCUAGGCCCCCAUGCCGCGCUGCCCAUUGACUUCCCCAUGCCCCACCCAGUUCAGCCCCAGUCGGGCAUAAACCCCCACCUGCCUCCCUCUGGCCACCAGCAUCCUCCCCAGCUCCACUCGCCCCUCAACCCCCUACCCCCCGUACCCCAGUUCCAGGACCUCUUGGUCCCCCCUUUCCUACCUCAGGCCUUACACCAGCAAUACCUCCUCCAACAGCAGAUCCUAGAAGCCCAGCACCGCCGCAUCAUGCCACCUUCCAGCAGACGCACCCCAGAGAGAAUGCCCCACCAGCCCCACAGACUGCGGCUGGGGUACGAGUUUGCUCCUGCCCUCCAUGUCCCCCCACAGCCUGUUGGCCAGCAGCCUCGCUACCUGGCCGAAGGCACAGACUGGGACCUGAGUGUGGACGCGGGGCUUCCCCCCCACCAGUACCACGUCCGCCCACUGCCCCAGCACUUUCAACACUACCUGACCUCUCCCAGGAUGCAUCACUUCCCCAGGAACAACGCCUCCACCCAAGUGGUUGUCCAUGAGAUCAGAAACUACCCGUAUCCUCAGUUACACCUGCUGGCCCUGCAGGGCCUCAACCCCUCCCGCCAUGCAUCCGCUGUGAGAGAGAGCUACGAGGAGCUCCUGCAGCUGGAGGACAGGCUGGGCAGUGUGAACCGAGGGGCCAUCCAGACCACUAUUGAAAGGUUCACCUUCCCUCACAAAUACAAGAAGAGAAUACCCCAGGACCUGAAGCUAGGGCUGGAGGAUGAGGAACUGGAUACAGAUGAGAAGUGUACUAUCUGUUUAUCAAUGCUGGAGGAUGGAGAGGAUGUCAGGAGAUUACCCUGCAUGCACCUCUUCCACCAGGCGUGUGUAGACCAAUGGCUGGCCACCAGUAGGAAAUGCCCCAUAUGCAGGGUGGACAUUGAGACCCAGCUGACACCAGACAGCUGAUGCUUCCUCUCCCUGCCCCUUCCUGUAAUACCCCAUAGCAUCCCUAGGAGGAGCUCUGCCAAACGUCCACCUUCCCAUCCGCAUCACUUAUGAGCCUGCCUUCUGAGCCAGUCGAAGAAGACAAUGAAUGGAAGGGGACGAGAGAGCGGGGGAGGGAGGGAUUAAGAAACCACACUGAUCAAACAAUAGAGAAACAAAACAGGCCGAUAGAUGGAUGGAGAAGAGAGGCAGAAGGAUGGCAGAAUGUAUAGACAGGUGCUGGGGCUUGAUGAGUCUCCAUUGGGUUGUGCACAGUAGCAUUCGCUUCUCCAUACACCUACUCAAAGAUGAUUCUCAAUCAAACCCCCUAGCUUGUGUGUGUAUUGUGUUGCUGAGGGUUUAUAUAUAGGUCUGUUCUCGACCGCUGAUGUGUAUUGGUCUCCCUCCGUGUGAUGAAACCCAAACGCUGAGCUCUAACUACAGCACAUCUGUGCAAUCAUGACAAGAUAUGAAAUCAGCAAGGGAAUGUUUCUUGAAAUGAGCUUCUGUGGCCUAAUGCUUAGGGUGUUAUGGAGUGUAGUAGUCUUGUAAUUGAUUGCCAGUAUUUACAACAGAGUGACAGUGUUGUGUAGCAAGCAAAAAUCCCACUUUGAGAAAUAAGGUGGGGGAAAAAAUAGGGAAAAUACUCCUAUUUAACAAAGGAGAAUAGGCGUACAGACAGACUUUAGACAAUGAGGAAGUGCUAGCUAUGUACAAAGGCCAAACAUUUUGUGGGUUUCCAGUACAGUAGAUCUCUGCCAUCACAGUGGAUGCUAGAGAUGCUAACCAGGCAUGGCUUUAGUGGUCUGCAUUGUGCUGUAGUGGGGCCUCUAUAGUCUAAAACAGAGGCCCCAGAUAUGCAUGCUCUAUGGCAGGCUUGGGCUGUCUUGUGAUUGUGGAGCAGUAGAAAGUCUGCAGUCUCUCUGCAUGUGAACCAUAAAUAGUAUGACUCUUUUACUCAUCCAUGGAGCAGGAUGACAUUUCCCCUAGACGCUGAUCUUCUGUCACUGUUGCGUCUCCCCUCCUAAUGAUUAAGAUUAGGAUUGGGGGAGGGGUAAAUUGAUUUAAAGAACUGUGCUUAUGGGCAAUUUCUACUCACAGCCUCAUCCAUAGCACGAUCUUAAAGGCUGGCAUGGGCUGGAGGAUGCAGUGUCUGUGUCUUGUCUUUAGAGUAAAUACAAUGUAAUCCUUUUCUAACAUAUACCAGUACCUUAUUGCCUACAGAACAAGCACAUGUGAGUUAUACAGUGCAUAGCAAACAACCUCUGUUUCGGUUCCCUUCAUUUCAAUCUCAGUUGCUCCCGUUGUUCGAUACAGGAAUACAGCUGGUGUUCCUAGGAGAUAUCCAACUAGUAGGCCUUUGUUCUGUGUCCUAGAAUGUGUAAGAUGGUCCCCCAUGAUGGUAGUUGUGUAUGGUAUUGCUAGAACAUCUGUAAACUGUUCAGUGAUGGAAGCUGUUUUCUCUAUAUCGUGCAUUAAUCAUGUUGGUGUAGUUCACUUGAAAGAGGGUUAAAGGGAGAAAAAGCCAUUCGUUUGAAAAUACCAAACAAUUAUUCUUACUAUUUACAUUUCUUUGAUUUUUAAAAAUUGUUUUCUUCAUUUUGGUUUCCUUACUAUUCAUUUGUUUUGAGCGCUCAUGCCAAUUUGGACAUUGGACCAAGUAAAGCCAAGUCCUUGUCCAUUUUUUUUUACAAUUUUGAAGAAAUGGUUCCAAUGCUGCAAAAAAACAUAUUUAUUAAUGUAGCUUGUGUUUUGUAAAUGCACUAAAAUAUGGGGUUGCCUGAAGUAGAUUUGGUGGUGUGGGGUCUCCUUGUUCUAGCUUAUGCGUCUGUGUUCGGUUACACGUAUCUUCAUGCUUCCUUGUGUACUCUUGGAGGUUGACUUGACUGUGUUGCGUUUUUCCUUUGUCCAAACCCUCCAUCCAAAAAAACUAAAGACAGAUAAACAAGGAGGGUUGCUACUUCACAUAGGAUGCUGUGAGUUGAAAUGCCUUAAGUAUUUAACAAUCAUAAUUUAUUACUAACCGUAGCUAUUGUGGUGGCAUAUUUCAUGUCUUUUCUCUCUUGACUUUGCAAUUGAAUCAAUCUAUUUAUUUAGAAAUAACACAAUGUAAAAAAAUAAAUAAUAAUACCUCAUUAUGCAUUGGUUGGUGGGGAUGCUUUGCAUGCAAGUUGUGUUUUUCAUAAGGAGACAGUGUCAUUUGGAAGGGUGACUAGGGUGUAAUGUGAGCUGUCUCUAGCCAACGUGGUGCUGUUGAUCUUGAUUUACAUUCCAUUCAAUGUCAUAUCGAAGAUUCCCCCCUCUGCUUUGAUCGAGUGGACAGACUGUGACUAGGUGCAAAUGUUUUAGCAUGUAAACCUCCUAGCAUGGCUAUACCCCUUGCUGGAAAUAUGAUACUAUUUUAUUUUUCAUAUUUAUCCCUGAUCAUUACCAGUUGCUCAGUUUGUUUUCAUUUGUUUUGAUUUACCUCGAUUGUAUAUUUCACCAUAUCUGGAUGUUGGGUGUCUCAUUUUUACAUUUUAGUCAUUUAGCAGACGCUCUUAUCCAGAGCGACUUACAGUUAGUGAGUGCAUACAU